CUCCUUGUGAACAUCCGAAACCUGUGAGUCUUUGGGUUGUUUACGCAGCUGUAUAGCGGAUACCUAACAACCGGUGUAAGGCAGUGUUGCAUCGAUAGCAAGCAAUCUUUUAUUGGCGUGGCCAACGCUAACCACCGACAAAUCUAGAGCGUGCGUGGUUUCCGCCGCUCCCAUUGCUGCUGCGUGAACACAACGCAGCAGCAGCCGCCAAUAGCAAACAGCGAAUCAAGCCAGCAGUUGCGCUGCGAGACGACGAACCAGGAGCGUACAAAGGCUCUUAUCUAGCCAAUGAAAACCUUAAAGGAACAUUAACUAUACGCGCUGUAAGUUGUCGAUACACGGUUCCGACGGCGUCGACUGAAUCGCUCGGAUUAAAUUGAGGUCUACGAGUACAAGCAUCAAACGAGGGUCACCGCUCUCAGGGACCGGGUCACGCUGAUGGUCAUUAUGUAUCAAAGUGUCGAAAUAUCGAUAAAAUGAGAAGGUAUCUUGUUGAAUGUGUAAUACGCAGAGAAAGGGAAUGCAGAGCUUUUAAGAAGCUGUGCACAUAUAAGUCUUGGUUCUAGCAAUAAUACGACAACAGAAUUAAAAAAAUCGAGUGAGCGAAGUGUGUCGCGCCGACGACGGGGCGCCUGUACUGUUGUUCGGAAAUAGCCACCAGCAACUCGGCCCCCUCCACGGCGUGCAAGGGUUUGAGAACGAGACCUCGUGUGUUGGGCCUGGAGGUUCUCUAUUGCCUGCAGUGCUAAGCAAAGCAGAGCCUCGACUCGCAGUGUGUGUCUAUAUAGCCGCCGAGAAGGAAAACAACGAAGGGAAAAGCGGGGUGCUCAUUACUGUGUUCUGUUUCCUGUUUCAUUUAUACGUCUACACGUGGAUUUUGUGUCGUUCGUUGAAACCGAAGCCAAAGUUAAAAUUAGAGCUCGAAUAAAUUUAUUCAGCUGCCCUAAUUGGAUAACAGAGUUGUGAAUAGCAGGGGAGCAAGAAAAAAAAAAAAAUAGAAACGUUCUUUACAAAAAUUAUUAAUUGAACUGCUAUAGCCGACCAACAGCGGAUUAUCUACAGUUAUACAUCGCCCGGUUAAGUGAAGAUACCACAGUUCUUGCGAAUCUGUGCCCUUUGUGUUGCUAAUAUUUCCCCUCACUCCGAUUCCUGAUGGAUAACCACGCAGUGACUUCAAUGGGAGGACACCAUCAUUGGAAAAUCGUCACUGUUGCCACCUCUCACAGCUACCAUUCCCUUGUAGCCAUUAAUACAGUAAUAGGUCGGCCGUAUUGUUGCUGGUGACGUUUCGGGGGAAUUAAUCCCCUAUUCGGACGUGUGUUUAUUUAGUAAGACGCGGCAACACGUCGUCUUUGUCGUGAAAGGGCGCCCCGCACGGCCGCACCGUGUUUCCUCAGGGUGCUCCGGGGGGCGCUAAGCCCCCCGGCGUGGUCCGGGUUACAGGGCUAACGGUUGAUGGUGGCCUUCGUACAAGUCGCCGCAGUUGGACAGAAUGCCUCGUCAUCGACCCACAGGUUUUGUCGGCUACGCGCGGUCGAGGCCGAGGACGUGCUCGAGCGCCGUCGGCCGAUCACCGUCACCUCCCACAAGGCCCGCUACGGAGGAGCAGCUCACAACCGGCGGCACCCUAUCGACGAUUAGCCGAAUUUCACAAAGAGGAAUAUCUCUCAAUGGACCUCAUCGGAAUCGGCAGUGCAGACCUCGCCGAAUGGAUGAAGGACAAGCCUCUCAGCAUACUCCAACUGGAUCCGGCGGAUCGCGCGGUCCUAAAGAUUGCAGAUGAAAGAGAUGCAAUUCAGAAGAAGACGUUCACGAAAUGGGUCAACAAGCAUCUUGCCAAGGCAAGUCGUCGAGUGGACGACCUCUUCGAAGAUUUGAAAGAUGGCCACAGCCUUCUUUCGCUGCUGGAAGUUCUUUCUGGGGAGUACCUCCAGCGCGAAAAAGGCCGGAUGCGAUUCCACCAGCUGCAGAACGUCGAGACGGUGCUCAACUUCCUCCGAUCGAAGAAUGUGAAAACAGUAAACAUUCGUCCGGAAGACAUCGUCGACGGCAACCCCAAGCUCACCCUCGGACUCAUCUGGACCAUUAUCCUACACUUCCAGAUUUCAGAUAUCACCUUCAACCAGAAUAACGAGGUGCUGACAAGUCGCGAAGCCCUUCUUCGAUGGGCUCAGCGGACAACGCAAGGUUAUCCGGGCGUUAAAGUUCGCGACUUCACGUCCUCCUGGAGGGACGGUCUCGCUUUCAACGCCAUUAUCCACCGUAACCGACCUGACCUCAUCGACUGGCACUCUUUGUCCCGCCACACGGUUCGCGAAAACCUGGAGAACGUGUUCAAUGUGGCUGAACGGGAGCUAGCUGUCACCCGCCUACUUGACCCCGAAGACGUGGAUACUGCGCACCCCGAUGAGAAAUCAAUCAUCACUUACUUAUCGUCCCUGUACAGCGUAUUCCCCGAACCGGCUACACGUAAUCCAUUUGAGGAUGAGAAGCAGCGAAUUAUUGACGAGUAUCGUGAUCUGUCCUCAUCGUUGUUGCUAUGGCUCAAACAAAACAUCGCUCGCCUACAGUCGCGAAGCUUUCCCGAUCGCGUCGAAGAAAUCAAACAGCUGUAUCAGGACAACGCGGCAUUCCGUACGAUCGAGAUGCCACCCCGACUCAGCGAGAAACAGCGCCUGCAGUCCCUUUGGCGGGACAUGCAGAAAAUGAUGCGUGAGAACCGAGUGCAGAUGGAUGAUCAGUUGCGCUUCGACUUUCUUGACACGCAGUGGAAGAAAAUGCUCCACGCACACGAGGACCGUGAUCGUGCCUUGCAAGACGAAACCGCCAGGCUUGAAAAACUAGAGCGGCUCGCGGAGAAGGUCCAGCGAGAGGUUCACACGACCGACGGGAAGCUUGACGACAUUGAGAACCGAAUCCGGGAGGUCGAAAAGGACCUGUCCAGACUCAGACCCGAAGACGCCAAGCGCACCUGUGAAGUGUUCGAGCGGGAUCUUCGUCGAAUCGAAGAAACAAUUCGAAUGCUCUUUAAGGACGUGCAGGUCCUUAUGGACGGCCGGUACUACCGCUCGAGAGAAUUGCACAGGCUUGUACAGAAUCUGCAACAGAAGUGGGAGAGCGUACGAAUCUUAUACGAACGCCGACUCAUUGACGCCCUCAACAAUCGUCAGUACAAAGUUGAGGAAAAGAAAAUUGUCAAGGAACGACAAAUCUUCUCGGAGUCUCGUCUUCUGGAAACAAACGAUGCCUUCAGAUUCCUUCAGCAGUGUCUCGACUGGGUUAAGGAAAAGAUGAAGUACCUCGAAGAGGCUGACUACGGCAAUGACUUGCCAUCCGUUCAAGCACUUGCAUCACAACAUAAGACCGAGCAGAAGUUGAUCGACCAAUUUCAGAAGAACGUAGACACUUGCGUCUCGCGGAAGAAGCACUUCCAAGGACAAGAGCUUGACUUCUAUGCCCGUUUAUUAGCCCAACUUGAGCGGAGUUACUCGGACGUCGUAGUGCUGUCGAACAAGCGCAUGUCUGACCUCGAUACUCUGCUAGAGUUUGUCCGCCGCGCCCACGAGGAGAUGACGUGGCUCAGCGAACGUGAGGAUACCGAGAUUAACCGAGACUGGGCGGCCGCUAACAUAAAUCUCGUCGAGCUAGAGGCUCAUCAGAGCUCGCUUUGCCAUCAGAUGGAGGGUCGCGAAUCGCAAUUUAACUCGGUUCUCGAGCAGGGCAAUAGCCUGAUCCGCCAGCGGCAUCCCGCUCACAAGACAAUCGAUUACACCCUUUCAGCGAUGCAUCUGAGUUGGAGCUGGAUGGUCGACCUUAUCCAAGCACUGCAAAUACAUCUUCGUCACUGCCAAGAUUACCAGCAAUUCUUCCGCGAAGCGAAGGAAUGCGAACAGUGGCUGCAGACCAUCGAGGAAAGGCUGAACACGACAUUUUCACGAACCGUCUUCUCAAUUGACGAGGGCGAACGGCUGCUCAAGCAAAUGCAGGAUAUGCGCGAGGACAUUUCGCGCUAUUCGGCCAUUGUCAAUUCGCUCAUCGACCGCUCGAAAGAUACCCUGCCGCUCAAGCAGCGUCGCCAACCGCUGCCGCGCCCAUUGCGGAUGAAUGCAGUAUGCAAUUAUAGCCAGGGUAACAUGCAGAUCUACAAGAACGAACAAUGCUGGCUGCACGAUAAUAGUCAACGUACUCGCUGGAAAAUCAUUAACCAGAAGGGCGCUGAGGGUAUGGUGCCCGGCGUAGUGUUUUCUAUUCCACCGCCCAAUCCUGAGGCGAUCGAUCUUGCAGAGAGCCUCAAGAGGAAAUACGAGUUGCUCAUCAAGCUGUGGACUAAGAAGCAACACAAGUUGCGUCUCAACAUGAUUUUCGCAACUAUUAACAUUGUCAAGGGCUGGGAUUUGAAAACGUUUAAGGCGAUGGAGCCAUCACAGAGGGAGAGCAUCAUUCGUGCGCUUAAUGAUGACGCAGACAAGCUGCUGACCGAAGGCGAUAAGAACGAUCCGGAUAUGAAGCGUCUGCGCGACGAGAUCAAAUACAUCAGUAAGCUUUACCAGGACCUGUUACGUCAGCUCAGGGAGGAAGAAGCGGAGAAUUCUCCCAACGCGCCGACGAGACGCUUCGCAGAAACCUCGACGAAUCUCGAUCAAAUUUUGCGGGAGAAAGAGCGAUUGCUCGUGCAGCACCUCAACGAUCCAAUUCCUCGUGACCUCGACGCCUUAGACGAACUUCAUUCGCAUCAUAAAGACUUUGAAAGAGAUCUUGGAAGCUAUGAGGCUAUGAUAGCUGAAAUGAAGGUGGCAUUCAAGCAAAUGACUAAGAGGACUCCCUCACAGCAAGAUAAGCACGACAAAAUUGUUGCUCUUUGGGACAAACUCUGGACCCUCUGCAGGAUCUACGCCGAAAGGCUCAAGUCUGUAGAACUGGCGAUCACUUCUUUGAAGGAAUCGACCCAGGCAGUGUCCAAUGUGGAAAUCUCUCUGGCUUCUUAUGAAAACCUCCCUCAGGAUGAAGAAGCGCUCAGAAAGAUCCACGAGGACCUGCUGGCCAUCCAGCUGGAAAUGCAGCAACAACAGCCACUUUUUGACCAGCUGGUGACGAAUGUUACCGCAGCGAAGAAGGUGACAGAAAAGUCGCGACCUAACGUCUACACUCACCCCGAUCUACGAAGAUUUGAUGAAGACACUAAGAAGGUGCUUAAACGCUGGAGUGACGCUCUGAAUCAGAUCGCUGAGAGGCUUCGCGGCUGCGAAGCGGCCUCAGAAAUGCUGAGAGCGUAUCGCAAUAAAAUGGACGAGGAGAAGCAAUGGGCCAACCAGAUGACCAUUAAGGUGAAUACUAUCAAGGAAGUCAAAAGCUCGCGUGAUGCGGAACGUGAAUACCAACAGGCCUUGUCCCUAUUUUCAUCGCUCACGGAACGGAAACCCGCCCUCGAGGAUCUGAACCUCGUUGGUGGCCGCUACAUUCGUGAGGCUAAGAUCUACGAUCUCAGGAAUAAGAAUUACCGGGAAAGUCUCGAGGACGCCCACCCUAGUCUUGAUGCUAGUCUGAAACAAAGAAGAGCUCUACCAGGAGCAGAUGGUGCCGAGCAGGUCGAGAAGGAGCUUGAUCAGGCGAACGCCGAGUAUCGGCAAAUCGGCGAAAAGCUGAGUCAGCUUCUACAAUGUAUGCAAAAGUACUUCACCAGCGAAGAACGGCACAAGACUGAAUCUGAGAGUGGCACAAGGGGAACAGCACAAGUGCUGAGUGCGUAUCCUGUGCCAAGUGUUCCGACCAUUGUGACUUAUAAGCAGCAGUGGGAAUUACCUUCCACAUACGAACCCGUUGCGUCGAGUUCGACGCAAGCUGACAGACAAGACCAGCAAGCGGAAGAGAUGGACUUCGCAGAUUCCACUCUGCGGGGCUCCUCAUUGACAAUAACUGAGCUGAAAUCGACAAAGCCUAUUAGGGCCCAUGAAGACAAUCCGACUGCCGACUUCCUCGUCAGGACCGCCCUGAAAGACACGAAAAGUGAUCAAAGGGUGCCUCUUAGUGUGGCGUUGAGAUGCGGUAUCGUUGACUCCAAGUCUGGUAAGUUUGUCGAUACGAAGACUGGCAAGCAAUACAAUCCCAAUGAGGCUGUGGAAAUCGGCCUAGUCACUCAGCAGUACCUCGAUGUACUACAAGCUCCCUGUGGUAUCGUUGAUACACGAAGUCAGCAGGAGCUAACACUGUUGGAUGCGAUCCGCUUCAACUUCUACGAUCCACAUCGGCAGACUCUGCUUGACCCGAAGGGCAAUCCAAUAUCGGUUCAAAAAGCGAUACAAACAGGAUUACUGAAGAACCCAGACACCAUGGUCAAGAAGCUGAAGCUGAUUCGAGUGACACGAUUCAGCAUCACCGAGGCAUUCGAUGCCGGUCUCAUUGAUUCUAAAGAAAGCCUAGUUAUAGACCCGAUGACCGGCGAGACGUAUACUAUUGAUCAGGCUUUUGCACGAAAACUUAUUGAGCCUAAAAGGGAGAACGAUGAAGGUCUCACAUUGACAUACGCUCUUGAUCGAGGUAUGGUUGACGAUAAAGGCCGACUCAUUGAUAACUGUUCCGGCGGCGUGUACGACCUGAACGAAGCGCUCGCACGAGGAGUUCUUUGCUCGGACACACGAGAGGUGGUCAACAAGAAGUCCGGUAAAGUUGUCAGUGUGCCUACAGCUAUUCAAGAAGGGCUCCUUAAUGUCCGUAAUGGCCAGUACGUAGACGAGCAAACAAGAGAAAGACUUCCGCUAGGGGCUGCUCGUAAGCGUGGCUUAAUUUCACCGUCACUGACGUUGAAGGACGCGGAGGCUCAAGACCUUCUCGAUGAAUCAGGAACGAUCCUGAACCCGCACACCAAAAAGAGAAUCAGCCUUCUCGAGGCUGUGUCACUUGGUUUGCUCGACGCGAACAUCAAAUGCAUUUUGCAUCCGAUUACUCAGGAAGCAAUGUCUUUGACAGAGGCUAUGCACCAAGGUAUCAUUACGCCCGACGGCAAGUUUGUUAAUCCAAGGACACAUGAAACGAUGAGCAUUAUCAAGGCCGUGCAUCGGGGCCUGAUCUCGUCUGUUUGCCAGAAAAUGAUCUUUGAGGUGGAAGGCUUUCAGGACACCAAAACUGGGGACAAUGUCAGUUUCAAUCAGGCUGUACAUCAAGGCAUUAUUAAUAUGAAAAACAAAACUUUUAAGGAUACGAAAUCGAAUAGAAUUAUGACGUUGAAAGAGGCUGUUCACAAGAAACUCAUUCUUGAGCAGAUAUAUGAGAUGCUGACUAAGUUGAUUGGCCUCAAAGAUGAGAACGGCGAGGAGAUCACCCUUCUAGAGGCAGUGUUCGCUCGUCGUAUCGAUCAUAAAACUGGUCAGGUUCGUCAUCCGAAGACAUUGAUGCCAAUUUCACUUCGCGAUGCCGUCAAAGACGGCAUCAUUACCUCCGAAGGAGCUGCGUUGCUUAGAGGGUUGCUUCGCAUUACUGUAAGCACGGCAACAGUUACUAAAACGAUCACGCGAUAUGUCACCGUUCAGUCACAGGGCGGCUCUGCUGAAAUAGGCAUAUCAUUUCAAGAGGCUGUUGAAAAAGGUCUCAUCAACGAAGACAAUGCCACGUUCAAGCACCCAAAAACUGGUGAGCUCAUUAAUUUAGAGGAUGCCAUCAAUGAUGGUCUAAUCGUCCUAUCUGCUGAAAGCACCCGGGACCUGAAGGCUGUACAGGCGAUUCUCAGCACAAAGACCAAGACGCGGGUGGUGACGACGGAACGCGAGAUGAGAGAAGUGAUUGAGAAGACAGGGUCCCGGAGCAGUUCGCUGACCAAGUCCAGCGUUAAGGCAGAAUCGAGGAUUGAAGUUAGUCCGUCUGGAGAAAGCUCUAUCGUGACGACUUUGAAGGGUACACCAAAGUUGCAGGAGAUGUCAUAUCAGUGCUCGUACGAGGAGACCAUAGAGACCCCCGACAGAAAACGCCAAACUUCGUCCGCGGAAUUUUCUUCGCCCGAUUCGGUGUCAAAAAAGGUUUCGGUGAAGGUUGACACAAAGAAGAGAGAUGAACCUAUGGAUGGAAAUAAAUCCUCAGAGAAAAGAUUACCAAGUCCAAACAAAGGCAAAGUUGCUGCUCCCAGUAGCCCGGAGGAUAAAGAAAUAAAACAAAGCAGCACCGACAUGUCAGUAAAGUCAGCAUUAGAACCAACGAAAUCAUCCAAGUCUAUUAAGACCGGCAGCCCCACCCGAGAAAGUUCUUCGGCUUCACUUCGAUCGAGAUCGACGAGCCCCCAAAAAUCCACUUCAGUGACAGGGUCUACUACUGUCAUUACAACCUCGACUAGCGGUGCCACGCCGAAAACUGAAAAAGCUUUCUUACCUUCGAUCGGACCACAGCGAAGUUCAAGUCCAUCGAAAACCAAUGAUAGCUUAACUUGUAAGGCUAAUGAUACGACUAUUCAGAAAUCAAUAGAAGGCCGAUCAGUAACUAAAACAUCAAGCCGCAGUAGUAGCCCAACGAAAGCUACGGGCCACGUAUCAGUAGAGGUGCAUGGUGAGCGUGACACAGACCUUACACAGUUAACAGAACCACGCUUGUCGGAGCAUUUCGCGAUAAUGAAGACAGAAGAACUUUCGUCUGAGUCCACCAUAACCACUGCGAAAACGGCUACGACGGUUAGCAGCAAAACCCCAACCACAUUAUCGACGGAUGCCACAACUAGUCGAACGACAGAAGCGGGCAGGGUAUCUCCCGGAAAGGCCAGUCCAGAGACCAAGCAGCGCCAGGUCGCGCCUUCAAAACUGUCGACACGCGCUACUUCAGAGACGAGCAGCACGGUUGUCUGUGACAUUCCGGCAAGAGGUUGGAGUCUCGAAGAUGUACUGACGAGAGAUAUGCUAGACGUUCACAGCGGCCUGUUAACUCUUCCUGGUACUGACCGAGUUGUCUCACUGGAGGAGACUGUAAAACUACAAUUGGUCGAUCCCGAAUCCGCCGAGGUGACAGACACACGAAGCGGCAAGACCUACAAUCUUCUUGAGGCGUUCGAAAAGGGAUUGCUCGACCCUACCGGUAAUACGCGGAUGAUGUCUAACAACGUAAGCUUUAAGGAAGCAAUUGACUGUGGUAUCAUUUGCCUCAAGGAGAUGAAACAACCUGAGGUCGAGGCGAAAAAGCAGCUACAUAUCGCAAAACCGGUUCAUGGCGAGCCAAGUACCGCCCUAGAGAAGAUGAAACAGUUUACUCCAUCCACGCCGCUAACCAUAAUUCGGUAUGACGAAAGCGGUCAGGAUAUUGACCUCGGUAUUGCCGUUGAGGCAGGUAUCGUAGCUCCCGAGGACGUGCAGAUUACGGAUUUGCGAACGGGCAAAAAUAUUUCUCUCAAGGAGGCGAUGGCUUCCGGGACGAUUGAAGAGAAUACCCUCAUUUACACGGAUAAGCAAAGCAAGAAAAAGAUGGGCAUACCUGACGCUGUAAAGUUGGGACUGAUCGCCGUUUCAGCUCCAGAGGCUCUUGGCGUCGAAAUGGUUAAAACCCUAGCCCAGCUCAAGAAAGCGAAAGAAGAGAAGACUCAGAAAACGGUUACAUGUACAGAGCCUGUUCGUGCAACUACGGAAACAACAAAGAUCGUUCGAAAGGCUGAACUAGUAAUCCGCGAUGCUGGGUCUGGCAGAGAAAUUCCCGUUGACGAAGCUCUUCAGAUGGGUAUCAUUGAUAGCGGAUUAGCCCAGGAACUUCGCGAUUCUGCGAAAACGACUGAACAUACGGUGCACACCACUACAACGGUAAUGGUUACCGACCCCAACACCGGCGAGUCGAUGACACUCACGGACGCCCUUGAUAAGGGUGUUCUUUCAAAGGACGCCAUCGAAAAGCUCCAGCGCGGAAAUGUGUCUGGAGUUGUGACCACCGUUCAGACAGCUUUCGUUCGAGAAGACAAAGGAGCGACGGUCUCAUACCAAGAAUUUAUGACUAAGCCAAUGUCGGAAAUUACGAAACAGGCGGGCGAAACCAGGCUAACCAUUAAGCCGACUGAAGCCAUUUCCAAGUUGUCCACAAUGGCGGAAGAGGCAAUCACCGUUUACCGACAGCCUGUUAUGCUGCAAAGAACUAGACGAAUACUCUAUCCAGCAAACGUUGCUUUCCAGCGAGGCUUCAUCGACGCUUCGAGCCGCGACAUUUUCGAGGAGGUCAUACAAAAUAAGGACAAGAUGGGACCUAUGACGCUAUCAGAAGCUAUCCGCAAGGGAGUUGUUAAAGACUCAGUAGUCACUGACCCUCUAAGCGGCAAGCAACUUUCGUUGUCCGAGUGUGCUGAGAAAAAGAUUGUAGAUGACCGCUCGGGACUUCUAGCCAUUCCCGUGGGACGGCCUUUGGCCUUAGGCGAAGCUUUACAACAAGGACUAAUUGACGUUACAAGUGAUAGGAUUAUCCAUCCGGAAACGGGCGCUGACCUCAGCCUUCAGGAGGGAAUACUCUGUGAUAUAGUAGACUAUAACUCAGCUGUGUUACAUCCUGAUGACUCCGAAACGCAACUCUCGGUCAACGAAGCCAUCUCUCAAGGCGUCCUUGAUAAGCUUUCAGGUGAGUUCUUCACCGCGAAAGGAAGCCGAAUUCCGCUGCACGAGGGUGCUGAGAGGUACUCACCAGUGCAACUGGCUGAAAAAAACGCUCCGGGGACGGCAAAGCGAAUGCCAAAACUGGCGCUCACGUUUCCUGUAGCACUCGAGCGUGGCCUGAUUAAAACUUCAACAAAAGAAUUUGCUCAUCCAGCAACUGGUAUACUAAUGCCCGUCAAAGAGGCUAUUGAGAAAGGGCUUUUGCUUGACCAACAGAUAGCCGUUGUCGAAGAUAGUUUUGACGUUGUUCAGGCUCUCGACAGACAUCUCAUCGAUGCCGUCAAGUGUACGGUCCAACACCCAAAGACCGGUAAUGAGACGCCUGUACGCGAUUCAAUGGAAGCCGGCACGCUCCAGCUGAAGCCGGUACCAGCGCGCCCCGUUAUGGAAUCAUCAAGCCAGGUGACGUCAUCAAAAAUAACCGCCAAGGUAACCACGAUUAAAAAGACACUUUCGAUCUCACCUGGCUACGAAAUGGCAUCGAAAGACAGUGUACGUGAGAAAUCAACAGGCAAAAUCUACCCACUCGACAAAGCAAUCGCAUUUGGUUUCGUCAAAGUGGAGGCGGAAAGCAAGGAUACAAAGCAGACCCUUUCCGAUGCAGUGGCUUGUGGCGCCGUCGAUUUGGCGCAAGGUACUUACGCCGAUCAACUAACCGGAGCGACAAUACCAGUGUGCGAAGCACUCAGUAAAGGAGUGCUCGUACAGGAUCGCCAACCACAUGGAAGCGUAACGUAUGCGUUAGCUGAAAUCUUCGAUUACUAUGACUCAAAUACGAAGAAAUUUAUGCUACCGUCCGAGUCGCAGUCGUUGUCGUUUACCGAUAUCAGGAAGAAAGGUCUUUUAGAUGAAACUGCUAUGGUGUAUCAGUUCAAGACAAAAGCUUGUGUAAGCACACGCGAAUUCUUGGACGAUCCGAAAAACGGUCGACUAAUUGAACAAGGAAAGAUCAGCGUGUCUGGCCGUAUUGUAGAUUUGCAGGAUGCGCUAAAACAAGGGCUUGUCGCUACUGUGGCUGCGCCCGCGGUUGCUGCGUACAAAAUUGCUCAAAGCACGUCAACUGUCAUCAAAAAAGCCGCAGAAAAACGACGCAGCUCUUCGCCGAAAGAGACGCUCGAAUCGCCUAGGCGCCACGUAUCGAAGCAGGAAGACUCAGCUUCGUUUAGUGAGUACCGCCUCUCGUCACGGCCUGUUAGCCCAUCGAAGAUAUCGGGCGCCGCCGUGAAGGAAAUUGCCGAGGUUACCACCACGGUAAAAGCUGGCUCCCCCACAAUCAGAACGGUAGAGGUUGCUAGGACAGUAAGUCCAGGUAGAGUAGAUUCCACACCGGAAUCAGCUACGAUGAAGACAAGCAAAUUAUCGUCUCGUGCAAGCAGUCCUUCAAAGACAGCCAAAUCUACAGUUAUUGAGGUUUCAGAGGUGACAACAACAGCUAAAAGAGCGUCGCCUUCUACAGCUAGUCCCCAGACAUCUAGGACAUCUAGCCCAACUAAAAUUACUGAGACAGUUGAAUACACCUCUCGAGGGUCUUCUUGCACUACUAGUCCGCUGAAGAUUGCUGAGGACGCCGAGACUGUCUCUGCGUAUGAUACACAGGCCAGCAGCGACGUUCAAAUGUUGUCUUCAACAUCAGAGAUAUUUCAAUCGUCCACCUUUACGACGUCUGCGCUUGAGGAGCCAGCUAGUACUUCUAUCCGCUCAAGAAGCCCUUCGCCUCAGAAAACCGUCGUAGACGAAACGUCUCUGAAGAGCGCGUGGCAAUCGAAAGAAGAAAGGUCGCAUACAAGUGAGACGGUGAAAGUCAAGGGAUCCCCAUCGACAUCGAGACGAUUCACUUCACCAACAAAGCCACCUGAAAGGGAUACCUCACCUGGAAAGCCCUCACAAAGCACAGCAAAGGUCAUCAAAGAGGAAACUCUGAUAAAAAAGACAAUAUCACCUCGAGCUCCAUCGCCGGUAAAGGCAACUGAAAGUAAAGUAUCUGAAGAUACCAUGAGCAAGGUUAGGAUCACAUCGGGUUCGAGGUCAUCCUCACCGUCGAAGCGGGGUACCGAACAGCUCCAGGAGACAACGGAGCGUUCCAGUGCUAUGACGUCGAAGGUUACUGAGUCCAAAAGCUCAAGCUCACUUACUGAAGUAAAAACAUCAAGCCGCGCCACAUCGCCUUCAAAAACAACGGUGGACAUUACUACAGCCAUGUCCAAGGCUACGGAAUCGACUGUCAGCCAAACCUAUACUAGUGACAUGAAAUCAUCAAGUCGUUCGACAUCGCCUUCGAAAAAACCAAUGGAGGCUACGCCAACGAGUCUGAAAGGCAUCGAGUCACUCAUGAGCUCAUCAGUGAAAACAUCAAGUCGAUCUUCAUCGCCUUCAAAAAGGGUGGAGAGUGUCACUACCACAAAGCAACAGAAGACAACCGAGUCAGUAACGAGCUCGAUGUCGUAUUCGGAAAUUAAAACGUCGUCUAGUAGGUCAUCAUCGCCCUCAAAACGAGUAAUAGAAGGAGUGUACGAAACUAUCCCGAAAAGUGCCACUGCCUCUUCACCGAAAGCCACCGACGUACCCGAGUCGUCGCCCUACGCUGAAGUAAAGAUGAGAAGCCGGUCUGCCUCUCCUGCAAAGAAGGUUAGAGAACAUGAAAAGGUCGUAGUCGAACGAGUAACUCCGAAAGUGUCGUCAGAUACAAAGGCGACGAUAUCGUACCCUGAGACCAAGACGCCUACUAGCUCUAGUCGUUCAUCGUCGCCAUCAAAACGCGUGACUGAGGAACGUAGUGAAACGUCCACCGAAAGGAAAACAAGUAGUCGAUCGGCGUCACCUGUGAAGAAAAUGGAAACAGCAGGAACUCCCUCUCCGAGCCGAUCAACACCACCUGUGAAGAAAAUGGAAACAGCAGGAACUCCUUCUCCGACCCGGUCGACAUCACCUGUGAAGAAAAUGGAAACAGCAGGAACUCCUUCUCCGACCCGAUUGAUGCAACCUUCCCAGGUUAUCGUGCAAGAGCAUAGAAGCAGCACAGAAAAGACUACGAGCCCAACCAGGGCCAGUGUUAGCGAGGUUGAAACUGUUGAGGAGAAGAUAUCGUUCUCAAAGGUGGAAACCUCAAGUAGACGAUCGCCUUCACCAUCAAAACGAAUCACUGAGGAGAAAUCAGAGGAAAUUUCUCCUUCAACUUUAAAAUCUGUAGUGUCUGAGGAGAUCGAAGAAGUGAAAACGACAAGUCGGUCGCCCGCACCAAUCAAGCACUCAAGGGAACAAAUAUCAGUUUUAUCUGAUACUAAAAGCUCAAGUCAGCAGAGCUCGAGCUAUGUGUCCGAGAUUAGAAGUACGACACCGUCAUCACCAUCAACCUCAAGAUCAGCCUCGCCUUCGAAGAUUAAAGAAAUCGUUCCUGCAAGAGCAGCCCGUUCGCGCUCAAUAUCGCCAUCAAAAACGCAGGUCUCAGUGAAGGAGCACGAAUACUCCUUGUCCUCGUCACACAGCUCGCCUACGCGACAAGUUUCGAUUGCCAGUGCCCAGGAAAUCGAAGACCCACAGUGGCAGAACGUGCGCGAGUCAUCAAGCUUUACCGAUACCGAAGUUGUGGUCAAGCAGAUGUUUACCGAGUUUAAGAAACAUUUUGAGGGUGAACUGGUUGUCGGGUCGAAGACCACCGUCGAUAAGAUCGUGAGCAGUGAUGUGCUCGCAGCAAAACACUUUAUGAUUCGUAUACCAGCAACUGGAGUUACAAUGAAGCUUGAGGAUGCUCUAAUGCUCAAGAAGGUUACAGGCAAAAGUAACAUCGUUGUGAGGUCGCUCAACGAACUCGUCUUAGCCGAGGAUGAGGAAGACAACUACAAGACCGCCAUGAUUGAACAGGAAAAUCGGCUCGAAUCGUCGUCACAGCUGAAGCGGGAGUAUUACGAUUCACAUAAGCACAUCUUUGUCAAGCCGGGCGGCAGCCAACAGAUCAGCUUUGAACAAUUUAUCAGUUCUUCGAAUCUGAGUGAUAUUCGCAUCAAGGAUAUGAAAUCAGACGAAUUUGUCAGCCUGCGCGAAGCAUUUGAGCGCGGUAUCAUCGACCGUCAGACUGGCGAGUUCUUUGAUCACUCGUCUGGCGCGUCUAUGUCAUUCUUCGAUGCUGCGGAUCUAUCGUUUGUCACAUGGUCACCACAGGGCGCUCAGCGCUCGCGUGUCUCUAGCACGGGUGUCACCUCAGGGUUCCAGUCGCUCUCAGAAGCCAUCCGAGGUCUAUCCUUUGACGCACAAAAGGCGGCAAUGCAGGAGAGGUAUCGCGUCAGCGAUGAGUCCCUUACAAACCUCGCCGCAUGGUUAAGUGAAGUUGAGACAAGGAUUGCUAGCCUUGGCGCGCUACACGAGGAUGUUAAUAGACUGGCACACCAACAGGCGGUCGCCAAGACUGUUAAAGAGGAACUUGAGAUCAAUCGUAAGGUGGUCAACCAGGCAUUGGAUCAAGUUCGCCAGAUUUCUAAGGAGGGCGCCGAGCUUCUGUCAGCUUCAGAGAUCUCGAAUUUGCAACGAUCAGCUGAGAGUAUUAAGUCGCGCUAUGACACGUCUAACGUGAACGCUGAUAAGCUGUUGCGCAGGAUCGACAUGGCGCUCGAGGAGCUCCAGAAAUUCUCCAACGAGACGCGCACUUUCAUCGACUGGCUCAACGCGUCCCAGCGCACACUAGCCGAGUACGAAAAGUACUUGUCAGAUGUUAGCAAUCUGCGCGACAACAUGGACCAGUUCCGUCAGUUUUCGACUGACGUCAUAUCGCAUCAGGCUGACCUUCGCUUUCUCACUAUGGCUGCCCAGAAGUUCAUGGACGAAUCUAAAACUUACCUCCGGCAGUUGAAUGAAAUCCGGACGGCCCACCCCGACCGCUUGGGCCAUAUCGAGGCUCUUGAGAGCGAGGUGAAGAGUCAGGUCAAUGAGGUGACCAACACUUACCAGAUCCUCCUCAAUCGAGUAAAUAAACUGAGUGACCAGCUCGGCGGCCUCGGGGAACGCAAGCGGAACUAUCACGAAACCGUUGAAAAGGCGACAGUCUGGCUCAAUGAUGCCCAGAAACAGGCCAAGAAGCUGCUCGAGGAGCCUGCCGGCGCAGAACCCCGACAAAUUCAAGAUCAGCUGGACCGCGUGCGUUCCUUCAACAUGGAUAUCAUCCAGCAGGGUCGGCUGAUCGACAAUGCCCGUCAUGCUGGUGAAUCUCUUAUCGACAUGCUCCCAGCAGGCUCCCCGGAGAAGUCUCAGAUUCAGGAGACGAUUAAGAAUCUGCAUGACGUCUACCAACAGAUGGUCAAUCUAAUCGGAGAAAAAACGAACGAGUUGCAGGUGGCGCUCAUCCACUCACAGGACAUUGAGGAUGGUCUCAAUAGGUUGUUAAAGUGGAUGGAUGAUGUCGAGUCGCAGAUCAAGAUCCAGUCGCGACCAGCGUCAUUAAUCCGUGAGCGUCUGGAUCAGCAGAUUCACGAGCACCGGGUACUUACGCAGGAGAUCGAAGGCCAGCGCUCAGUGCUGGAAGCUAUGACUCAAACUGCCCAACAGGCGAAACUCGCGAAGAAGGUUGAGCAAAAGCUGCGUGACAUGCACUCGCGCUACGACGAAGUGCUCGAUAAACUCCGCAAGAAUGGUCAAGUUCUUGACGAAGUCUCCCAUCAGUUAGACCAGUUCAAUAGCCAAUGCUCGCGCUUCGAAGACUGGCUAUCGCAGCUCAUCGACUCGAUCGAAGAGGGCGGAGUGGCUAGAUCUGCCGAAGAAGUACAGGCGCGCCUCGAAGAUGUUAUUCGUCGAAAGAAUCAGAAGAAGUCGGACUUUGAAGAGGUGAUCAGAGCCGGCAGGGAACUUGUUGGACGUAGGGAUGUCACCGACACAUCUAUCAUUAAGGAUCGUCUACGGCAGCUCGAGCAGCUUUGGAAAGAGAUGGACGUACGUCUCACCGAACAGGAAAGGAGCAACCGCCUAAGAAUGGAGCAGCUUAGUGCUUACGAGACCCUCCGAGCGAAAGUACUUGAGUGGCUAUUGGCAAUAGAGAAUAAAAUCGAACGCCUUGAGCCCGUGUCUCUCGACAAGGACGCCAUCAGGAGGCAGGCGAUGGAAAUAAAGCCGCUCAUCAAGGAGCACGCUGACUACAGACCGACUAUUGACAAGGUUAACGAGCUGGGCCGCAUUUACGAUUCGCUCAUAUCCGAGGAACGUGCCAGCAGCCGCAUGUCUAUCAAGAGCAGCCCCACACGGAGUGAGUACACGGGGCAACAACAACAACAACAACUGAAUAGCCACUGCGCCCAGCAAAAUGGGCACUCGAAUGGUCAUGGCCCUCAGCCUCAAUCCAAUAACAACAGUAGCCAUCCGGGUAGACCCAUCGCAGGUGGCAAAAACACCUUAGCGCCAGCCGCAUUUGCUGACGAGACCUUGCUAACGCCGACGCAACAGCAGCAGCAACAGCAGCAUCUGCAACUACAUCAACAAGCUUCCACGUUAAAUCACAACCCAAACAACUCAGAACGCGUAAACAAAGCUGCCACCCAACCUAAACACCAUGCUAACCCAGCCGCGCACGCCAGUUUUAUUAAAUCAGAUGUAAGUCCAGUGCAACAACAGCUGAGCGAAAUCAACCACCGUUAUCAAAUUAUCGGGGUGAAGCUCUCUGACAGACAGAGGGAUCUGGACGGACUUGCCGAUGAGGUCAAGAGGCACCACGACACCAUGAAGUCUCUUUCGGCCUUUGUGCAAACUAAGGAGCGCCAGUUGCCCAAGGACGUGUCACCCGCCUCUAAAGAACUUGCCGAUAAGCAAUACUCCGUCUUGAAGGAGAUUCAAAAUGACUUGGCGGACCGUCAGAAUGAGAUGGACCGAGUCAAGAUCGAAGUUACUGACCUGUUGCGUAGAAAACCCAAUGCGAUUGGCGCAGACAGUCUUCAGCACUCGCUCCACGAGCUUGUUAGCAAAUGGUCCACCCUGCAAUCCCAGAUCAGGGAUCAACUUGCACUUCUCAAUGACUUUAGGGACUUCCAAGAUACCCAUAAGCUCUUGGAUAACUGGCUGAAUCAAAAGGAUAAAAUGUUUCAAGUUCUAGGCCCCAUCGCUCAUGAACCACGUAUGAUUACCGCCCAAAUGCAACAGGUGCACGUGAUGCGCGACGAGUUUACCUCACAGGAGCCUCUUAUGCGCAGGAUGAACCAGUCCGGAAACGAGAUUUGCUCAAAAAUGGGCUCGGCGAACCCUGCUGCUAGGAAGGUCAAGGAGGGUAUGGACGAUAUCCGCAAGAGGUGGGACGAGCUUUUGGGUCGUCUGGAGGAACGCGAAAGAAACCUAGAUGCAGCGACAGGGGCCACCCAAGAAUUCCAUCAGGCCAUCAACAAGCUUCAAGAUUUUCUGCAGAAUAUCAGUGACAACUUUGAUCGCUUGGGUGAUGACGGCGCUGAUAUCCAUGAUCAACUGCGGCGACUCGCUGGUCUCGAGGAUGAUCUCGAACGACAGCGCCCUCUACUGGCCGAGGUGGAAAGUAUGUGCGAUCACCUCUGUGAUAUCUUGAGUGAUCCCGCUUCAAAGAGCGAAAUUAAAAGCAAGUUCGCUGCUGCUGACCGCCUGUACAAUAACCUUAACCGAAAGCUGAGUAACCGACGCGCUGAGCUUGAGAACUCGCUCAAGGAAGACCGCGAGUUUGUAGCGAGCCUCAAAGAGGCCCAGGACUGGUUCGAUGAAAUUGAACACAAGCUGUCGGCUGACUUCAGAAUUUCUGCUGACGAGCAUAUCCUACGCCAGCAGAUCGAGCGUUAUGAGCCCGUCUACCGUGAAGUUUUGGACAAGGAACACGAGGUUCAUAUUCUCCUCUCAAAAGGUAAUGAGAUCAUCCAGAAAUUGGGCCGUAACAAGCCUGAAGCUCAGCAGCUGAAGGCAAAGAUGGAUAACAUGCGCAAGAACUGGGAGAAGAUCAAGCGCGAGGCGACUGAAAGGCACACUCGACUGCAGACAGCGAUGGAGAAUUGCAAAAGGUUCUACUCGGUCCUCAAUAAGUUUGGUCCUUGGCUGCAAGGCACUGAAGCUAAAUUUAAUGAACUAAAACCACCUUCAUACCACCGCGCCGAUCUAGACAAACAAAUCCGUGAAAUUCAGACAUUCAAAAACGAAAUGUCCCGUCACGCCAUUGACUUCGAUAACGUGCGUAGUAUUGGAGACGUUUUCCUGGGCUGCACGGACAUUGAUAAGGAGAAAGUUCGCGACGACCUAGACAACCUUCAGAGAAGAUGGAACGAGCUGAGUAAGACUAUAAUGAACCGUGCCCAAGACCUUGACGAUAUUGCAGCUCGUCUUGGCGAAUUUAACGACAAGGCCCGCGACGUAGGACAUACCCUUCAACGCAUGGAGGAUCGUGCAGCGUCGCACGAUGAUGGCGUACGCGAUGCCCGCACACUCGAAAAGAUGAAGAGUCUUCUUCGCGAGACACAGGAAUUCCAUAAGGAUCUUAACCGUCUGCGUGCAUACGGUGAGUCCCUGAUCAACGGCGCACCAAUCGGCUGCGAUACGCGUCACAUUUCGGAUACUAUGGAUGAAUUAGAGCGUCGUCACCGUGAGCUCACACACAGACUUGAAGAUAAGUGUCACGAGCUCGACGCUGCCGCCGGAGUUAUGACCCAAUUCAACAACAAACUCAAAUCUGUCCAAACCAACUUCGGUCAUCUCGAGGACGAAUUUAGUGAGUUCGGUCCAGUUGGCCGCGAUCUUCGUAUUCUAAACAUCCAGAUGACCGAAGUUAGAACAUUCAAGGAUAAGCUGCAUAGAGCUGAUGAAGAGCUUAAGGAAGCGGAGCGCGAAGCCCGCGACGUCAUUGCUCAGGGCUACACCCAAGACGCAAAGGGUCUAAGAACUCAACUGGAUAACUUGAAGAAGCAACUAAGUCGCCUCAACGAAAAAGCCAAUAAACGCGAGUCUGGCAUCGAAGCUAUGCUGGAAAAACUAACGAAAUUCUACGACGAUCUCGGCGAUGUACAGCGCAGCCUUAACGACGCAUCCAACGAGGAAAGAAACUUCCGUCCCGUAGGCGCUGACGUUGAGACUAUUCGGCAACAACAGGAAGAAUUUAAGCACUUCCGUCGCAACCUCGUUGAACCGCUUGGCAAAGCCAUUGAGGAGAUCAACCGCAUCGGCCAAGGUCUAAUUCAAUCGGCACCCGCCGGCGUAAACACUGUCCAACUAGAAAGCGAUAUCGAAAAACUCAACAGUGAAUGGAAUCUACUUAAGGAGCGUAUGAAUGAAAGGGAACGCACGCUCGAUGCGGCCCUACUUCACUCCGGAAAAUUCCAAGAGGCUUUGGCUAGUGUAGAGAAAUGGCUCCAGGAAACGGAGGAGAUGGCUUCUAAUCAGAAACCACCAUCGGGAGAUUAUAAGGUAGUCAAGGCCCAACUGCAGGAACAGAAGUUCCUUAUCCGCCUGAUCCAGGAUAGACACAGCAACAUCAAUUCGCUUAUGCGAAUGGGCGAGGAUGUCAUGAAAAAUGUCGCCCCUGCAGAACGCUCGAAUAUCCAGAACACGCUUGAAGAUAUCCGUGAGAGAUAUGACAAACUUCACAGCGGAGCCAAGAGGCGUAUGGAUGCUCUGGAAAGAACGCUGCCCGUUGCCAAAUCGUUCCAGGAUAAGAUGGCUCCAUUGGUAGACUGGUUAGACCAUGCAGAGAAGAAGCUCACAUCCAUGCAGACCAUCCCUACCGAUGCUAACAGGGCCGCUCAACGUGCCCAGGAACACAAAAACUUCCAUAGGGAUAUUCUAGAUCAUAAGCGAGACUUCGAAGAGCUCACCGAGAUUGCUCAAACCCUUAUGAGUCUCGUGGGAGAUGAAGAAGCUCGAACAGUUGUAGAUAGUAUGCGAGAACUGACCGACCGUUAUACUAGGCUCGUGGAAGAGUCUGAGCGGUUGGAGGAUAUGCUUCGUAAUGCUAAAGAGGGAAUCCGUGCAUUCUCUGAGAACUAUGACGAGCUACUCAGCUGGAUAAGCGAGAUGGAACGCCGCCUGCAGCGCUAUCAGAUUCUAAGCGUGUACCCGGAAAAGCUUCAACAGCAACUCGAAGAGCUUACUGAGCUUGGCGAGGACAUUGCUGAUCACCAGCGACAAGUAGAUCAAGUCGUGUCAGCCGGACAAGACAUGAUGCGGUUCGCCACUGGAGACGAUGCUUUCAACCUGAAGGAUCGCCUUGACAAUCUGCAAGCACGCUACAAUGACCUUGCAAGCAAAGCGGCUGAAAGAGUUCGUCAAGCACAGGAGGCUCUACCAAUUGCGCAAAAUUUCCACCAGAAUCACGAGAAGGUCUCCAACUGGAUUGAUGAAGCUGAGACCGUCCUCAAAUCGGUUGAAGGUGCUGGUCUAAACGCGCAGGAAAGUGCCAUUCAUCGACUGGAACAAGAUAUUUCGCAGGUUCGCAAAAUUAUUGAGGUUGUGAAUCACCUUGGGCCGCAGCUCUGCCAAUUGUCGCCAGGUGAAGGAGCAAAUGUUAUCGAAUCGAUGAUGACUCGACUUAAUAGGCGUUUCGAUGCCAUCUGUGAGCAGAUUCAACGGAAGGCUGAACGUAUCGAAUUAUCCAAGCAACGUAAUAGCGAAGUCAUUGGCGAUCUCGACAAAAUUAAUGACUGGUUUAGAGAUCUGGAGAAGCAGCUGCAGCAUGCAGAACCCAUCAUCCCAGAUCCGGACGCCCUCAGCGCCAUGCUCAAGGAGCACAAGGCAAUCUGCGAGGAUGUCAGCAGCCAGAAGGGUCGCGUUAGAGAUCUGCUGGCGGCUGCCAAGAAGCUCAUGCGCGAAUCGACAGGCGAAGACCAAUCCUUUAUUAGGGACAAGGCUGAAAAUCUUAAAGACAUAUCAAAUCGCGUAUCGCAGAUGUGCGCUGACCGUCUUAGCGCACUGGAACAGGCUCUGCCUCUUGCCGAGCAUUUCUUCGACACGCACGCUGAGCUAGUUCAAUGGCUCGAGGAGAUGGAAACCGAGGCUGAACUGCUUGGCGCGCCUGCCCUUAACCCUGCUCAGAUCAAGAAACAGCAAGAUAAGAACAAAGCAUUAUUGCAAUCUAUGAGCGAUCACAAGCCAUUGUUGGACAAACUGAAUAAAACGGGCGCGGCCCUUAUCAAGCUCGUGCCAAUGGAGGAAGGCCGCAAGGUACAGUACAUCAUGAAUCAGGACAAUCAACGUUACAACGAUCUCAGGAACCUGCUUAAAAACCAGCAGCAGGCACUGGAAGAAGCGAUGCAGUCAACUGCGCAGUUCGCUGAUAAACUGGACGGUAUGUUGAACGCACUCGCUAGCACUGCUGACCAGUUGAACAACGCUGAGCCGAUCUCGGCGCACGUCGAAAAAAUCCAGGAACAAAUCUCAGACAACAACGCCAUCGUGGACGACCUUGAAAAGAAGUCGUCGGCUCUUGACGCCGUGCGCAGGGCUGCUAAGGACGUUAUAUCCAAGGCUGACGGAGAUGAGCCUGCUGUGCGAGACAUCAAGAAGAAGCUCGCAAAACUGAACGAUCUUUGGGAGGAAAUCCAGGGGCUUGCCAGCAAACGUGGGAGGUCCCUGAAUGACGCUUUAUCUGCGGCAGAAAGAUUCUGGGAUGAACUCAAUGCCGUCAUGAGAGCUCUUAAGGAAUUGCAGGAUAACAUUAACGCCCAGGAGCCACCGGCGGUCGAGCCCAGCGCUAUUCAACAGCAGCAGGAGGUACUUCAAGAGAUCCGCGAAGAGAUCGGCAACACAAAACCAGAGGUUGACCAGUGUAAACAAGCCGGUACCGACCUCAUGAGGCUCUGUGGUGAGCCAGAUAAGCCCGAAGUGAAAAAACACAUCGAAGAUUUAGACCAAGCCUGGCAAAACGUAAUGACUCUCUACGCGAAACGUGAACAGAGUCUUGCAGAUGCACUUUCGAAAGCAAUGGGAUUCCACAACACCCUGCAGGAUUUGCUCGAGUUCCUCGACUCUGCCGAAGAGCGGUAUAGCAAGUUGGGUCCCAUUGCCUCCGAUAUCGCCACCGUUAAGCACCAGAUUGCAGACCUCAAGGACUUCAAAGACGAUGUGGAUCCCCAUAUGGUACAAGUGGAGGCCCUGAAUCGGCAAGCCAAGGAACUCACCGAACGCACCACCCCUGACCAGGCCAGGCCUAUACGAGAAGCCCUCAAAGAUAUCAACAAGAGAUGGGCUGCUCUCAACAAGGGCAUAGUGGAUCGCCAGAAGGAGCUCGAGAAUGCUCUUCUAAGGCUAGGACAAUUCCAACACGCCCUAAACGAGCUUCUUACCUGGAUCAACAAAACCGAUCGUCAGCUGGAGGACGUCAAGAUCGUCGUUGGCGAUCCUCAGGUCAUCGAGGUUGAAUUGGCUAAACACAAGGUACUUAUGAACGACAUACAAGCUCAUCAGUCCACAGUUGACUCCCUGAACAAGGCUGGACACCAGCUCAUCGAGCUGGACCGCUCAAGCCGAGAUGCCGGAGAAACCCAAUCCAAGCUUGCGAACCUCAAUGCUAGAUGGCAGUCGCUUCAGGACAAGGCCAACGAUAAGCAGAGACAGCUUGAGGCGGCGUUGCGUGAAGCACAGCUGUUUAGCCAGGAGAUCCAAGAUCUCCUUAUGUGGCUGAGCGACGUGGACCAACAGCUAGCAUCCUCCAAGCCUGUCGGAGGACUUCCGGAAACCGCUAGGGAGCAACUUAAUCGUUUUAUGGAGCUGUAUAACGAAAUCGACAGCAACCGCCACAAGGUGGAGAACACCCUGUCACAAGGUGCAGACUUCGUAAGACGCUCCGAUGGUUCUGCAACGAAUCUCCAACACAGUCUAAAGACGCUGAAAUCUAGAUGGGAUACUGUAUUGCAGAAGGCAAACGAUAGAAAGAUUAAGUUGGAGAUUGCCCUCAGGGAGGCAACAGAAUUCCAUGAGGCACUUCAACAGUUCGUCGACUGGCUUACCGACAGCGAAAAAUAUCUGAGCAAUCUCAAGCCCGUAUCGCGACUCUUGCCUAGCGUACUCGAUCAGAUCGAAGAGCAUAAAAACUUCCAGAAAGAUGUCUCUGCCCACCGUGAGGUAAUGCUGAAUCUUGAUAAAAAGGGAACCCAUCUUAAAUACUUCAGCCAGAAACAGGACGUUAUUCUCAUUAAAAAUUUGCUUGUAAGUGUCCAGCAUCGUUGGGAACGCGUGGUAUCGAAGGCAGCCGAACGCACCCGUGCUCUGGACCACGGCUACAAAGAAGCCAAGGAGUUCCAUGACUCCUACGAGGCCCUCGACAAGUGGCUCACCGAGGCUGAGCAUACCAUUGAAGACCUCGCAAACGUCGGGAACGACCCAGAGAAAAUUAAGAGAACCCUGUCUAAGCACAAAGAGUUCCAAAGAGCGCUAGCAGGAAAGCAGGCUACCUACGAUGCUACGAUGAGAGCGGGUCGUCUGCUUAAGGACAAAGCACCGAAACAGGAUGUGCCAACUCUGCAAAAGAUGCUUGAUGACCUCAAAGACAAAUGGAACCGCGUAUGCGCCAAGGCUGUCGAUAAACAGCGCAAGCUAGAGGAGGCACUGCUGUUCUCUGGCCAGUUCAAGGACGCGGUGCAGGCCCUCAUCGAUUGGCUUGACAAGUCCAUUCCCACACUUGAUCCCAACGAGCGGGUGCAUGGAGACCUCGAUACUGUCAACAAUCUCAUUGAACAGCACAAGCAGUUUCAGGCUGACCUCAAAAACCGCCAGGCCAACCUCGAGUCCGUCCGUAAGACCUGCCGAGAGUUGCUGCGCACUGCUUCGGCUGAAGAUGCAGCUCACAUCAGGCAGCAGAUGUCUGACCUGGAGUCGAAAUGGGAAAACGUUAUGACGUUAUCUAACCAGAAACAACGUCGACUGGAUGACGCGCUACGCCAGGCAGAGCAGCUGCACAAAUCCGUACACAUGCUACUGGAGUGGUUGAGCGACGCCGAGAUGAAGCUCCGUUUCGCUGGUCCACUGCCCGACGACGAGGCCACCUGCCGUCAACAAAUAGCCGAACACCAGCGAUUCAUGAAAGAGAUGGAGCAGCAGGGUCACAACAAGGAAAAAACAAUCGCGCUUGCUCACGAAAUACUUCAGAAGUGUCAUCCAGAUGCUGUUAGCGUCAUUCGACACUGGAUCACCAUUAUUCAAUCCCGCUGGGACGAAGUGUCCCAGUGGGCCAAGCAACGCCUGCAAAAGCUUGAGGAUCACCUCCGCGGCCUUCGCGAUAUUCUAGAUCUACUGGAAGAACUCAUGAGGUGGCUAUUGGGAGCAGAAGCUACGCUCACGGCCCUUGAAGCCCAGCCGCUGCCGGACGAUAUUCCGGCUACCGAACAGCUGAUCGAUGACCACAAGAUCUUCAUGGACGAUAUGUCACGUCGCCAACCUGACGUAGAUCGUAUCGCUAAAGCUUUUACGACCAAGGUCGCGCCGCAGCCCACAUCAAAGACGCCAGCUGGCCGGAGCUCGCGAGGCCCGCACAUACGCGCAGGCACGCCGGGCCGCGCAGGAACGCCCACUAAGGGCGCUGCCGGCGAGACCGGGGGCACGAUCACGAACCCGCGUGCUCGCGAACUCAUGGACAAGUGGCAGAGCGUCUGGCUGAUGGCGCUCGAACGCCAAAAGCGUCUACAGGACCACUUGAAGUAUCUGAGGGAACUCGAAGGCAUCCGAAACUUCGACUUUGAUGAGUGGCGACGCAGGUUCCUUGCCUGGCUCAACGCUAAGAAGAUGCGCGCUAUGGACGCCUUUAGGAAGAUUGACAAGGAUAAUGACGGCAAGGUCACCAAGCAGGACUUUAUCGAUGGCAUUAUCGAGUCAAGGUUCCCCACCAGCCGUUUAGAAAUGGAACGCGUGGCAGACAUCUUCGAUAGGAAUGGCGACGGUUACGUUGACCACAAGGAAUAUAUCGACACCCUCAGGCCGGACCGCGAUAAUCGCCCACUGACUGAGGCAGAGAAAAUCCAGGACGAGGUGCAGAGACAGGUCGCCAAGUGUACCUGCGUCCACCGCUUCAAAGUCUUCCAAGUUGGAGAAGGCAAAUAUAGAUUCGGAGAAUCUCAGAAACUUCGUCUUGUGCGGAUCCUUCGUUCCACUGUCAUGGUGCGAGUCGGAGGAGGCUGGGUCGCUCUCGAGGAGUUUCUCGUUAAGAACGACCCUUGCAGAGAUGUCGCAGGCAAUCGCGAAGGCGCGUUGCUAUUAACCAAGCUCAUCAUUGAGCGAUACCAAUCUGUAACCAAACCGUUUGCUCUUCAAGUGCCCCAUAGCGCAUUAGGUCUGACCCGGUGCCUCCCCGUACGUACCACGCUUCACAUGGCUGACAUCGAGGAAAACCCAAGCAGCCGGGCUCAGUCGAUUCUGUCGAGGCCCGGAUCGGCGCCCAGUGUCCACUCGGUACAUUCCACACACUCACAGGACACAGCAAACAGCAGUUCCGCCACAAGCUCAUCAGUUGGAUGCGCCGUUACCCACGGCCAACAACAAGGCGGUUCGAUUCCGGCGGGCAGUAAGGGGCCGCAAGGACGCGGCUUCAGCCAUCAGCUCGGCUCAUUGCCAGCACCGCAACCUGGUGGAGGUACAGCAUCAACAAGAAGUUCGAAGAGCCCAGAAUCAAGGGUAGCGCCACCUGCCGCGGGCGCAAUUGCAGCCACUUCCGCUUCCAAGUCCAGGAUACCCGUUCCGAUGAGUAUGGUUCGUGAAAAGACGGAGAAAAGCAUUCCUCUGAGCACGCAGCGCAAGCUCGCAGCCGAUCUUGAGUCGGAGCGCUCGACACCCCUCGGUUCGAGACCAAGGACUUCUCAAUCACGCCUUACUCCAAGCCUAGGCGGCAGUCGUCCCUCGUCGCGUCCUGCCAGCAGGGCCAACAGCGACCUGUCGACCGAAAGCUUGGAAGGCUUUCGUCGCCGCACGCCAAGCGCCUCAUCGGCUACAGGCACCCGCAUUCCGACGCGCAGAACGCCCUCGAUGACCCGCCAGAAGAGCGACUUACAGGCCCGCGAAAAAGGCUGGCGCUAAUUGCAUCAGUUCCUUUCAAUGAAUUACCUGCUGCUAACAGCUACCAUCCUCCCGUAGACUGGGGACAGCCCGGCUGGCAUCGUACUCCAAAACAUUUGACAAACCCGCACGCACAGACAGCAGCAAAAAUAGAGAUGCCAACAAUAACAUAUUAAUAGUAGUAUGGAUAAUACGAAAACUAAUUAUAAGUAACCAUUAAACACAUGCGCAAAAAGUUCGCUUAGGUGUAGAGUAAUAAGCCAAACCGAAAUCGUACGCUCAGGACGAUAACGCCAUUUCGGUGGCAACGAAUAUAGCUUUUUCACUUAUAGAGGUAGAGCGAGAAAGACAGUAAAAGAAACAAUAACAGACCCACACAAGUGUACGCUAACGCCACCUAUAGAUAAACUGAUAUACUAGCCCCCUCGUCAGGACCGAAUGGGUGCUGGUAACAAAGUGUGAUCGGGUUCUUAGGGGCGUCAUUACUUCGGCGAAGCUGUAACAAGUAAGCUCUGUGAUAACACCCAAAUCCACUUUCUCCUCCAGCCUUUCCACUGUACAACAACAACAACAACAACAACAACAACAACAAC